GUUUGAAAUUUCCAGAUUAAAUUUAGCUCUAAGAUCUGGCACAAUACAUCAAAUAACAGCACUGAUAUUUGACAUUGUACAUGGCUCCUGUAAAAUGAAUGUAGAAAUGUAGUUCUUGAAAAAAACUCAAAUGGACGACUCUUUAUCUUACGCUUGUCCCAUGUUGACCGUCUGCUCCCAUGAGCCUUUAGUAGUUGUGUUGUUUAUCUGGUCUUCAUCAGCGGCUAAAACCCCCCACGUCUCUGCUGCUGUCGAAACUCUUCCCUCUCGUUUCUUAAGAAAAAGCUCCAAUGAGGAACCAUGGGGUUCUCAAAAUAAUGUGAGAUUACACAAGAAUUCAAUGCCUCAAUCCACAGUCCGCUGUUGGAGUCGCGUCGCCGAGCAAUAAUGUGUAUCUUCGUGAAAAGCUCCUUGUAAUAAACCGUUUCCUUUGAAACAACGUGAAACUAACCUGCUUUCUUAGAUGUGAAAAAUUGGACUGUGGGCACUUGAUGCUCAGCAAAUAAAAAAAUAGUUCAGUUAGAAUCGUCAUCAGAGUGUUAAACCACACCUGAGGUUCAUGUGGUGUGGGAACACAUUUGUUGCUAAAACCUCCGGAGCUCUGCUGCUGUUCUAACCACAUUCUCACCAAAACACUUCCCCAUCAGUUCUCAGAGAAGAGGCAGAACCAACAGAUCUCAGACCAGUGAAAUAUCAUUUUAUAUGUGUCCUUUCCCAUGAAUCUGUCUGUUUGACAAUAAACACCAUCUAAAGGAAAUAAGAAUUGGUUCAAAUUCAGUUUGAAAUGGUGAAAAGCGCAAGACUGUGACACUGACUGACAAUUGGAGACUUUUCUUCAUAAUCAGUGUCAUCAAACGUUCAUAUGUCUCAGCUCCACAACAGGUAAGCACGACAUUUGUGCUUGUACUGGUUCACGGAGCAAAGUACUCAUUAUAUAUAUAUAUUAAAAUUCAUACGCUUGUCCUGUGCACAGGAUUUGAGAGAUUCACCUCUCGUUUCAUCGCUACACUUGGAGGUCUGGCGUUGGAAAGGAAGUUUGGCGAGUGACCGCAGACACAACUCCAAGGAGAACUAACCACCUGCGUAUUUAACUCUCGGUUGCUUCUAAUAGCUGACAACCGUUGCGCACUUUAGUCACUGCAGGUUAGAGCAUCAGCUCUCCUCUAAAGUGCCACAGUGCUAACUGGGUUUUUUUUUUUUUUUUUCUCUUUACGUACGUAUAAAAAAUUGAGGAAGAAGCUGAUAUGCUGAGAGAGUGAAGUCACUAUGACGAGGAGACACUUUACUAAUCACAGGAAGUAGAUACAGUCCUCUUUAUGAAGCACCAGCACAGAGACUUUUAGAGAGAGGACGAGAGGCAGCAGGAAGCAGGAUGGUUGAAUUCAAAUGGAUUAAAAUGUCUUUCUUUCUGAUGGCGCUUCCAUUUACAGCAGUAAAUGGACAAAGUUCCCACAUGACUGUCAGAGGUGGAGGUGAGGUCACGUUGCCUUGUCAAAGUGUGAGAGAUGAUCAGGUUAAAUGUAACGGUACUGCCUGGCUCUUCGAUGAAUCACAAAUGUCCAUAAUACUGUUUGAAUAUGGAAAGAUUCGCGACGAAGCCAAAUCUAAAUCAGACAGACUGAGUGUUACAGAGAAUUGUUCUCUGGUGAUAAAGAAGGUCACGGUUCAGGAUGUUGGUCGCUACAUCUGCAGACAGUUCGACCAACUACAACAACGAUAUGAAGAUGCAUUGGUUUAUCUGUCUGUUAUUACCAUGACUGAACAUAAGAACGAUUCUAUGGUGACGUUAAACUGCUCCGUGUCAACACGUGGACGGUGUGGACACACAGUGAAGUGGCUGUAUCAGGGUCAAGAUGUGGAUAAAGAUCACAAAGAGUUGAGGACAUCAAGGUCUGGCUGCUGGGCCACUGUGAGCUUUAAGACUUCUCAUUUUAUUUACUCAUCAAACAACUAUGAGUCAUUGAAGUGUAAAGUCACCGAUGAAAACACUGGAGAAGAGCAGCUGUUCCCCUUCAGCCCUGAGAAACCAGGCACGGACUCAUCCGCAGCAACUAAACCAACAACGACGCCUGAAUUUCCAUCAGGCACAAACACAACAGCAUCUACAGUAGUCGAAGAUUUUCCCGACUGGGCGAAGAUCAUCAUUGUGGCUGUCGGUUUAGUAGCACUCUUACUAAUCUUUGUGGCACUCAUCAGAUGGAAGAGAAAUGAAGGGAACAAAACACGGAUGGAUGACAAAACUGCUGUUCCUGACGAUGGCGUUUCCUACGCCUCCAUCAGCUACGCCAGGGAGACCGACAGGGAAGCCCAGAUCUGGAGCGGUGAUGACGCAGUGACCUACAGCAGCGUGAAAGCUCCCUCAUCCUCUGCUGGAGCCUCGGCUGAUCCCAGCGACCUCUACGCCGCCGUCAACAAAUCGAACAUAUAAGACACCGCAGCAUAGCUACAGCUCAUAUCUUUACAUUUAUUUGACAUUUGAUAAACGAUCAAUUAAAGCUUUUGAUGAAAAAACCCUUUCCGGCGUCCCAGCCAGUUACCUUUUACUUCAUAAGACUAUAUCCCUGUGAGGAAUUUUACCGUGCAGAGAAUUUUAUAUUUUAUCCUGAUAAUAAGUUAUUUACAGUGUGCAGUGCUGAUUUUCCGUGAUACAUGAAAGGAAAGAUGAAAGGCAUAUUUAAGUUGAUGCCUUUUUUUAAUGCAUUUUUUUCUAUUUAACGUGUAGUUUUAGGAACAUUACACCGAACAUGUUUGUCUCUGCCGGGUUUGCUUUGAUUGCUGAAGUAUGAAAGCGUCAGAAGUAAACUCCGCAGAGGGGUGACGCGACGUCCCGCAUUUGAGCCGAAUACGUGACGUCACUCUUGAGACUCAGCUGAGUAAGUGGAACCUGUAAAAAAAAUCCAAAAGGGUUGUGGAUUUAUUGUGGAGAGAGAGAAAGAGAAAGAGAAAGAAGGGUCAAUGUUUAAGUGUUGGAAAUGAAAAGCGACUGAAAGAAUAAAACAGUGACAAUCAGUACUCUGCAUGUGAAUGUUUUAGUUUCAGAUCUGGCAGGAAUUGCUCUUACCCCCACAAUAUCACUCUCCGUGCAGAAAGAAAACACCACAGCCUCCUCUGACCAAAAUGUAGCUCUUAUAACUUUUAGAUUUGACCUUUCACACUGCUCUAACUCCUUUAGUUUUCUCACUGCGUACAUAAAUCCCGUACUCUGAUGUCCCUUCCCCCUGGAGAGGUUUCCCAAGCCUGACGCUGCCCUUGGUCACCCUUUCGUAGCCAUGUGCUCCCUGUUUGAUGACUACUGUCUCUUAGUGCACAGGCUUUUUCAGUUUUCUUGCACUUUACAACAUCCGAGUACGGCAACUGUGGAUUAAGUUUAGGGAAAGUCAAUAAAAAGGCGAGCUUCAGCUGCAGGACUGUAACUGGAUACAAACAUCGGACAACCGACAUGCAGGGUGAAGACUUGUCCGAUAUAAACCUAAUCCCUGGGGAUACUGGUCUGAGGUUGCAAAACCCGAGAAGUUAGUGGCAGUGAGUGAGCUCGGAUACAAACAAAGUAAGCACAACAGCUGUUAUCGUUAUCUAGAACGGUACACUGCUGGUGUCUCAGUGAUGGUUUCCAGGAAUGAAAGAAGUUUUCAACGCGACUCAAAUGAGUGCGUCCGUGUCUUAAUAAAGUACUGAUCCUCUGCUCCUGGGAGCCCCGCACGUCGACGAUGCUCACCGGGUCAUCGUUUGUGGGUAAAACCUCCAGAGCUCGGCUGCUGCUGUGACCCACAAUCUCACCAAAACCACACCACCACCCCCUCAGUUCUUCCCCCCCGCUGCUCCAGUGUCCAGUGUCCAGCGUGGACUUGCAUCGCCUCUCUUCAUCCAUAUGACUCCCACGUCCCACAGAACAGAAAAUGACAAAAUGUUUUCAAUGUUUUUAAUUUCCAGGUUGGUUGAGGUAUAUCAUUGUGGCUGUGGGUUUAACAGGUGUUGUGACAGUCAACAUAUGGAUGAGAAGUUUCUCGAUGGAACUCUUUAUGAACAAGGAGUUUUCAAGAACCUGGAUUUACGCAGUGGAAGCUACGCUCGACUGUUUCUUUUUUUUUUGUCUUUUUUUUUUGUCUUUUCAGGCAACAAAAAACAGAUGGAUGACAAUGCUGUGAGUUUUACAGCUGUAUAAUGAAACGUUUGCGUUCGUAGAUAAAAAAACACUCCCGACUAUAUUGUUUCGAAUAUGUAGCGGCAGCAGCAGCAUAUGUUCCAUUUUGUCUCUGAAUCUGAAGUGUGUUGUGUUGUUUUUCACAGGCGCAGACUCCAGACUUCAGCAGUUAACACCCUUAAACAAAAAAAAGAAUCAUAAGAUCAUUUUGUGGGGUUUUUUGCUGUUUUUUUUUUGUUUUCUUAACUACAGACGUGAAAAGCAUUUCCAAAAUUUCUAUUCAGUUUCUAUUGUUAGUAAUUGCUUUUCAGGUUUGCAUCAUUAUUAUAAUUUUUUAAGUACAUUUUUCAAGUGACUUUCAUUGGGGAAUGUUUUUAGCAUAUUGUAUGUUUGCUGUUGCAUAUUAUUGAAUUAACUUAAAUGAGCUUGGAGUUUUAAUUGCAUCAGUAACUGUCUUUCUUAUUAGUAUAACUGAUAAUGGCUUAUAAUGAUUACAAUUGUGAAUGUUAAAAAGCUUUUUAAUUUAAAACUUUUCUUUAUUUGUCCACCAAAUUUCUGGACUGACUUUAUAAAACUGUACGUGCAAUUUUAUUAAUUUUAUCUUCUAAAUUGACUUUCUGCCCCCGAUGUAAAUUUAAAUCCCUUUUGCAAGAAAGAAAAUGCUUUGUUUCGGCUGGAGACUACGUAUCCAGGCGUACAGAAAUGAUGCGGAGUUCCUCAAGGGUCGAUCCCCGGGACUCUUCUGUUGAAUCUCUAAAUGCAUAUAAAACAACAAAAGGUUUCUACCAUAGUUCUGUGCACUAGAUUCACAUUUUGUUUUUGGUCAUGAUUGCUGCCCCGGUCCUGUUCAUUUUGAUCUGUCUGCCCCCCCUGUCCCUGUCAGCCACAGUCUCACAGCCCCGCAUUUAUAUGUAACUUUUAUCAGCUGUCGUUCCUCAGCCGUCCACCAGAUGCCAUCGGACCGUCCCUCCUGUCCCGGGCCACCUGACCUUCCUCACCCCUGCGCACACCUGCUCCCAGUUUCCCAAUUAUCCGGCCGGUACUUAUAGCUGCCUCUCCCACCUGCCCGGCGCCAGAUUGUAGCGUGGUUCGGUGUGUCUUCCCCUGUGCUGUUCAUGCUGUGGAAACCCACUGUUGCCACUGUGCCUUUUGCCCGCCUGCCUGUAAGCCUCUGUUGUCAUCAUCAGAUUCACCAUUAAAGUCCUUGAACUGGUCCCAGCGGCCUGCAUGUCUGCGUUUUAGGUCCCUCCUUCCUGUUGACUGCAUCAGUAACUGUGACAGUUUCAGGCUGCCAGCUCCUUGUGUUGUAGGCUGCAUAGCUGGUGUCGGUAACGGUUUAUGACAAGGGUACAGAUCAUGUGCCGAACUGAUGCACAAUCAGUGAAUU